AUGUCGUCCCCUGAGUACAUUCUCUACCACGGCCUUCUCCUGCCCCCUGUGGCCCACAGCGCCCAGAGCCUGGAGUAUGCCCAAAAUUUCCAGGUGGAGGACACUGAUGUGUUUGCUGUGACCUAUCCCAAGUCAGCGGUUUUGCGCGCGCGGCUCUCGCUUGCGGCAAAAAUGUCAUCUUCCGAGGAAGUGUACAUACACUACCGGGGACUGCUGCUGCCCACGGAGACCCACUCCCCCGAGAGCCUCAAGUUUGCGCAGAAACUCCAGUUUGAAGACGAUGACGUGGUGGCUGUUACUUACCCAAAGUCAGGUACCAUAUGGAUGCAAGAGAUCCUCCCGCUGGUGCUGAACGGGGGAGACUUGACCCCCCUGCACACCGUUGUAAACUGGGACCGGGUUCCCUGGCUGGAAGAGAAAAGACUGGCGGAGGUGGUACAUCAGCUCAAGUCUCCACGAGCGCUGGUCACUCAUUUUCCCCACAACCUCAUGCCUCCUGCCUUCCACUCCUCCAAAGCCAAGCUGGAUGUUGGUGUGGAGGCGCAGAUAGGCUAUCAUGGGGAGGGUGGGAAGGGCCGGCUGGCUGUGGCCAGUGGAAGUGAUAGGACCCAGAGGAGCAAAACUUCACUGGCAGUGGAGCUUUAA